AACGGACAGUUUACUUCGGGCCGCGAACCGAGGUACCGUACGGUCCACUCUUAUUGAAUAUGUGUACCGCAUAUUACACGGUCGAAUCGAUUUCUAGCGAAAAACAAAUCUCAUUAUAGGCUGGGGGUAAAAGUAACGGACCAGACAUGAGCUACAACGAUUUGUGGAUCAGGGAUUUGGGUGCACGUUACGGGGUCGCGCUUCUCGCUAUCCUCGCGAUCGUAUUUUGGAUGGCGUCACGAUGGCCAAAGAUGCGCGAGUCCUGGUAUCGCGAUUACCUGAUCGGUUUCGAGGUAGAAUGUUCGGACCUUGCAGCUUUCCACAAACGACGUCUCUUCGAGCCUCUGCACUGCCUGAUUUCCGCCGACGAAACCCUCCGGGAUGUCGGACGGAUCCGUAUCCUUGAGAUCGGAGUCAAGACAGGAGAAAACAUAGCGUUUUAUCCCGAUGACUGCCACUUGGUGGGGGUGGAUUUGAACAAGAGAUUAGCCGACCACCUCUUCCACGAUGAGAACGCCUGGCGUUUCCGACACAUAUUCGUAGAACAGACGAUCGUUGGAGAUGGAAGUCGUCUGGGACAAACCAUACCCUCGGGGAGUGUCGACGCGGUUGUCACAACCAGGACUUUGUGCUCCGUAGAAUCACCCGCGGCUGUUCUUCGUGAAAUUCGACGGGUUCUCGUACAGGGGGGGACGUAUUUUUUUAUGGAACACACGCCUGACCCCAGACAGGGAACCCUGAUUCGCUGGCUACAGAUGUUCUGGUCUCGGUCUGGAAUCUGGCCAUCGCUUUACGGCGGGUGUAGACCGGAUUUUGAUCCAAUUCCGAGCAUUGAAAUGGCCGGCUUCGAGCAAGUUACCUGGCGAAGAGCGGCCCUGCAUGGUGAUACCUCUCGACCCCAUCAUUUGGCGCUUACCCGACAUCAUAUUAUCGGCACGGCGAUCCGAUAAGCGAUCAUAAUAACUAGUUAAUAGCUGACUUCCCAAUCAGGAUCUUAUACGAUAAAUCAAUGCGAUUAACUUCUUAUAACCGAAUUGGAUUUUUUUUUUUCGUUAAUAUUCGUGCCAUUUAUUAUUCUCCAUAUAUUCAGUACGAAAACCAAAUGAUCACCUGCACAAGAAUUUUUUGACGGGGAGAAUAUUUUUAAGGGAAUAGAAAAAAUGCGGAGAAAAUGUGAGUAAUUUCCAACUUGAACUGAUUUUAUUCGUAAACUUUGAUCACUUUGGAUCUCCGACACUAGAGAGCAAUUUCUGUAUAAUACCAAAUUGAUAUUAUUUCUUAUGAUAAUUAUAAAUUAAUGCGACUUUGACUACGAUUAAUGAAUAGAAUUAACAAUACCUAUAGAUAAUUUUACUAUGCACUUUACCCGAAGUGAAUUAGAAUUGUUCUCUAUACAAUGCAGGUGAUGAGACCCGAAAUUUACUAUAAUUAACGUGUAGCGACUUAAUUGCCCUACCGCGAAUUAUAUAAAUCUCAACAAUAAAAAGGUAUUACAUA